ACAUAGAGAGGGAAAUCGCGCUGGAGCUACUUGGCAAGACAUUUGGAAAACUGAAUUGACGUGGAAGGAAAAAAAAUUGUCUUUUAAUCUACUUAAUUCGAGAACUUCUGCAUUUAUCCUGCUUUUAUCAUUACAUCUACCGAUUAGGAACAUAUAUUGUCAAUAAAAGCGAGAAGCUAUGCGACAUUUCAAGCGAAUAGGUUGAUUAACAGUUUGGUUGUACUCGUAGAAUCCCAUCAAAAUCAGAUCUAGAGGCAUUCGUUAUCAAAAGUAAAUUUUUUCGCCGUCUCAUAACCAUGGAUGGAACGUGGAUCCAUCACUUCCCAUCCAAAACAAAAAAGCAUUCAAAACGAUGGACUGAAAAGGGAGAAACGGCUCCAAAGAAAGCAAAGACCGUUCCAUUUGCAGGCAAGGUCAUGGCGUCGGUUUUUUGGGAUGCGCGUAGAAUAAUUUCCAUUGACUAUUAAAGGCAAGCAUUAUGCGAACUUAUUGCAAAACUUGAGCGAAGAAAUCAACCGAAAAUGGCCGCAUUUGGCUAAGAAGAAAGUGUUGUUUCAUCAAUACAAUGCACCAGUUCACAUAUCCGUUAUUGCAACGGCCAAAAUUAAUUAAUUAAAGUUUUAAUUGCUAUAUCAUGCACCCUAUUGUGCAGAUUCGGCCUCCUCGGAAUAUUUUCUGUUCCCAGACAUGAAAAAAUUGCUCGGUGGUCAAAUAUUCUCCAACAAAGAACAGGUGAUGUCGACAGUUAAUCGAUGGACGAUUCUUAUUAUAAAAAUGGUACCGAACUUAUUGAACAUCGCUGGAAAAAGUGUGUGGAGCUAAAAAGUGAAAAAUUUUUGUGUUUUCUCUGUGGGAACUGGUACUUCUGGGACCAAUCUUGUAUAGAACUGGAAAACUGCGCUUGUAGACCAUCAUUUUUGUAUUAUCUGCCGGUUUUAAUAUGUGAAAAAUUUCUUCGCUUCAAUAUAAACCUGUCGCAACUAGUUAAGACUAGUUUGUAGUUCUAUAAAGUGUACCGGGCUCCCACUCGGGAUCGGAUUAUAUUACAGAUCAAGGGAAAACUUUUAACAAACGCAGCCUGAGGAAUAAGUGGAAAUUAUUUCCAAAAGUUUAGAUCCACUACAACAGGACCUAUUUGAAAAUAUAGAAGUGAAAAACUGAAGUAAAUUUUGUGAAAUUUACCCGAUUAAGUGACACUCUAUAUAGUCAUCAACAAAUUGUGCGCAUUUUUCUUUCUACAAUAUUUAGUAUAUCUUUUCAAAUAAGAGGUAGGGGAGAGUGGUAAUUUCGUUAUGAAAAAAUGCCUGUAAGUCCGGUUCUGCUUAUCCGAUUUUCAUAAACUUAAUAUUGUUUGAAACAUAUUUUAUCGAGCAAUAAAACACAUAUAAAUUCUAAACAAUUUAGUUAAUAACGUCAGCGCUACAGGGCGUUGUUUCAUAAAUCAUAAAAGUUUAAGUAGAUUUUUUAAAAGUGAACCAAAUGUUUUUUCAUUCCCGAGAUAUCUUAAGAAUUGUGUAAACUAAAAUUUGUAAACCGAAAAUUUAUUCUGAAUGUAAAGUUCUUCCACUUAAUAAUGUUAUUAUCUUACUAACAACGAGAAUUAAAACAAAACAAACCAUGUAACAAAUCUAACGAUACCCGUUGGAUGCGAAAGAUCCGCUAUCGGGGUCAUUGGUCUGUAAAUUUGUGACUCGGGUGGGGUCAAAUAAUUGGACAUUUUCGUUCAAAUGAGACAGUUAAUAGAUAAAUUAUAUUCUGCCGCUUCUUUUAGAAGACAAACCAGUAGCUUAUUUAUGUUCAGCACCCUUUGAUCAAACAUACCCUGACAGGUAGAUUUGUUUGGCCACCAAGAUCACCAGACCUAACAAAGUGAACAUUGGAAACAUUGCUACCAUUAGUCUUUUCGUUGUUAUACAUUUGCCCCUUUUUCCCCUACGUAACGAUACAAAAUUUUCUUUUUAACGAAUACGCGUCGCUAACCGUUCCGAAAAUAAUGCCCCAUCUUUAGAUUGUAGCAGGGCGCGCAAAGGAAAAGAGGGUUGAAAAGUGUUGCGCGCGCAAUUACAUACCGUAGUCAUGGCUGCCUCGAUAUGGCACGCACUGAAUUUCUCUAUCGCACGCUCUUAUUCAUUUUGAAGAAUUCCGAUGAAUUUUUAAUGUUGCAAGAAAACGUCACUUAAUAGAGAAAGUUCAUCAAGCGGAAAAUACAAAAAAUCGCGUUGUGUUUAGUGAAAAAAUUGAGCAUGUUUAUAGUGGCAUUCGGUGAUCGGUUUUUUUAAUUAAUAAUAAUAAUGAUAAGAAGUUUAAUUUAAUUUUUUAAAUAUGAAAGUGCGGUUUUCAAUAUAAUAAAUAUUUUCAACGUCCUUAUGUCCAGGGUGCCAAAAAGGGAAUUUAGAAUAGAUUUGAAAUUUCGACCAAACUUCGACCAAUUUAUCUGUUUUGUUUAUGUUAAUUGUUGACUGAUGAAGGAUCUGAGAUUUAUCGAUAGGUAUUUUUGAUAAUAGCUCAUAUUUGAAAUUCAAAAAAAAAACGUUGUUUUGAACCAAAAUUCGAUUUUCAUAUUGAUCCUUCUCAGUUGUAGUACGUUGACAAUAAUAAACAAAUGUCGAAAUCUGCACGAAUUCUAAUAAAAGUGUAUUAAAAAGUGUGCGAAAUUCAAAUGAGGAUAUUGUUUAACAAAUAAAACGAAGUGUUUCGAUGGUAACCGUACAAUAUUCCACCCCGAUGGAUAUUUUCAACCACCUACAUUGUUGAAUGGAAACGUACACCAUGUGAACGCACUUACACUCGCACAGAAUGUGACUAAUGAAAAAAUCUGAGUAGUUAUGCUAUCGUGUGUGUCAAAUAAAAUAGAAACAUUACUAAAUCGAUAACAAACCAAUGUCAGCACUGAGCGUUUAGUGAAAAAUAAAUAUGGAAGUUCUCUGAUUGUAUAAUGCUGACAUUAUUAUUUUUGUUAUGGUCCCUGAUACGCGGUUUGAAGAAAUCUACUCAGACGUCGUCGCAAUCACCACAACAAUCCAGCACUACCCCCAUAGAGGAUCCAACUCCUACGCCGAGUCCGGAUCCCACGUGUUCGCCCUCUCCAGAACCGGAAUUCGUUAGCGAAAUGUCAUCCCGAAGGAUAUCUUCGGAUAAUUACCGGUCGAGGUAUUUGCCAUUCUCCCGCGACUCCUCCAUAGACGUCGGUAACGAAAGCCGACCCUCAGUUACCAGCAUUUCAUCGUUUUCGACGUCAUCACGGAUCAUCGGUCAAAGAUCCGUGGACUCUCGAACAAGUAUAACGAGUUUAUGGUCUUCGGAUAUGUCUCGACGUGAUUCGGAUGCGAUACCCGAGCACGAGCACGAGAUGGACUCAAGCGGCGAUUCGAGAAGUUCUUUCGCUUCGGCAUCGGAUAGUUCGAGGAGAUAUUCGGAGACUAUGGCGAAGAGAAGAAGAAGCUCCGCUAGAAAUUCGCAGAGGAGGAGUUUUAGGAGAUUUCCUUUGAGCGCCGAUAGGAGGAGAACCACUGGAAGUUUUGAUGUUGAAAAUGGCGCCAGUCCCGGUAGAAGUCCAUUGGAUGGAGCCGCAUCCCCAUCAGCUGGACUGGUUCUUCAAAAUCUUCCUCAAAGAAGGGAGAGUUUCCUGUAUAGAUCUGAUAGCGACUUCGAAAUGUCGCCGAAAUCCAUGUCUAGAAAUUCUUCGAUCGCUAGCGAAAGGUUCAGGGAGACAGAGAACAUAUUGGAAAGAUCUCAUGGGGAAGACUUGAUCGUCACACCAUUUGCACAAAUUCUUGCCAGUUUACGAAGUGUUCGCAACAACUUCCAGUGUCUCACCAACUUACCCCCAAAUAAAUCUAGGCGUUCAUCUGGUGCGGCUAGUGCUAGUACUACACAACCAAAAAAUUUGAAUCCCAAUGAUGAAGCAUACAUGAAACUAGCAAUGGAAACCAUGGAAGAGUUGGAUUGGUGCCUAGAUCAACUGGAAACGAUACAAACUCAUAGAUCUGUCUCCGACAUGGCUUCCUUGAAGUUCAAACGUAUGCUGAAUAAGGAAUUGUCCCAUUUCUCAGAAUCUAGCAAGUCUGGCAAUCAAAUUUCCGAAUACAUAUGUUCCACUUUCCUUGAUAAACAACAGGAACUGGACAUUCCGUCUCUUCGAGAUGAAGUGCCGGAAUUUCCGAAGCCAACUCAACGCAAGGAACGCGUACGGGGUCCGCACUCAACAAUGUCCCAAAUAUCUGGCGUUAAUCGCAAACCAUUAUGUCAUACGAAUUCUUUUACUGGUGAAAAAUUGCCGUUACAUGGAAUAGAAACUCCGUUCGAAGAAGAACUAGGCAAGUGUUUAAUCAUGAUCGACCAAUGGGGCAUUGAUAUUUUCCGUAUCGGAGAAUUGAGCAACGGCAAGCCUUUAACUUGCGUAGCAUAUACGACUUUUAGCAAUAGAGAUCUUCUCAAAACGAUGAACAUCCCACCGAAAACUUUUAUUACUUUUAUGAUGACUUUAGAAGAUCACUAUGUGAAAGAGAAUCCGUUCCACAACUCGUUGCACGCGGCUGAUGUAGCACAGGGUACGCACGUUCUUCUCAAUACGCCCGCACUGGAAUCGGUUUUUACGCCGCUCGAAAUAACAGCAGCGUUGUUUGCAGCUUGCAUCCACGACGUAGACCAUCCCGGACUAACGAAUCAAUUUUUAAUAAACUCCAGUUCUGAAUUAGCUCUUAUGUACAAUGACGAAAGCGUUCUAGAGAAUCAUCACUUAGCUGUAGCCUUUAAAUUACUUUCCAAUGAUGGUUGCGACAUUUUUUGUAAUAUGACCAAGAAACAGAGGCAGACUCUCAGGAAAAUGGUCAUAGAUAUGGUCCUUAGCACCGAUAUGUCUAAACAUAUGACUCUUUUAGCAGAUCUGAAGACUAUGGUGGAAACGAAAAAAGUAGCCGGCUCGGGGGUACUUCUUUUAGAUAAUUACACAGACAGAAUACAAGUGUUGGAAAAUUUAGUGCACUGUGCUGACCUUAGUAAUCCUACCAAACCUUUAGCUCUUUAUAGACGUUGGGUAGAUCUUCUAAUCGAAGAAUUCUUCCAACAAGGGGACAAAGAAAGAGAAGCCAAAAUGGAUAUCAGUCCGAUGUGCGAUAGGCAUUCGGCAACCAUAGAAAAAUCGCAAGUCGGUUUUAUAGAUUACAUAGUGCAUCCUUUGUGGGAAACUUGGGCGGAUCUUGUACAUCCUGACGCCCAAGAUAUCUUGGAUACUUUAGAAGAGAAUCGUGAUUGGUAUCAGAACGCGAUACCGCCCAGUCCCCCUCCGGAAGAGGCUCCCGAUUCCCAGCGACCAGGCAUCAGAUUUCAAGUUACAGUGGAAGAAGGCGAGGGUGAAUCUGAGGAAGGUCCGAUGUGACGGAAACUAGGGGGUCUCUGUAGAAAGCUCACUGAAAAAGUGCAGCAAUGGUGGCGUGUCAGACAGUAAGCGCAAGCGCAGGCGCACGCGCACUGACUGAUGAACGUUACACCGCGCAGGCGCGGGGUUUAUUGUGUUUUGCAAUAUAUGCUUGACUGAAAUUUUGAAUUUUUCGGGCUGAGAUGCCAGCCUGUUCUUAUAAUAUAUCGCAGAUUUCCUGGGAGUGUACUCUUUUUCGAUUUUAAUUUUGUCGUUUUAGUUUUACCUGUCGAAUCUUGGUAGGAUGAUCGCUUUGUGGCUCAAUCGAUUACAGAAAAUGAUUACUUUUCAAGAGAAUUAAGCCACUAAUUAUUCAUUCAUUUCAAUUUUUUAAUCGAAAACCAUCAAAGUAUCUAGUAUAUUUCUCUCUUUAACUUUUUUUUAGCUUGUAUAUUCAUCUCUAAAAAAUCAUACGGAAUGUUUUGUCCAACAUUAUUUUAUUAUUCCCUUAAUACAUUUUAACUAACUUCAUAGUAAAAACAAUUAAUUUUCUAUAUUAUGUCUAACAAAAGUUUAUUCAUCACUGUCAACAUACCUAUUGUAUCUUAAUUUUAUAUUUCUCCUCAAUGUAUUCCAAUUUUGAUUCUUCUUUUUUCUGUUGUUUGAUAACACAACAUCAGUUUUAUUAUAUUUGAGUUGCCUUUCAAUAUUGAGAUGAAAAGGUUCAACGGUUUGAACCAAUUUAAUCUAUGAAAGAAGAAAGCUGUCAAAAUGUAAAUAUAACCGCUUCGUUUUUUGUAAUUGCAUCAGAAUGAUUUAAAAGCAUAAUAAUAUAGUAGAAUGGUCGAAUUUUUCAUAAUAAAUACAGAUGGUUUUUGAUGAAAUAAAAUUUUUCUAGCUUCAAAUUGUACAAAAAUAUAUCAUGUUAGCGAAUAUAUAAAUAAAUUUUAGAAUAACGUCGACAAAAUUAAAAAAUGAUUUGAUUGUGACGGCAAGCUUAACUGUUUUUCCAAAAGCGAUUUUGUUAUAAAUAGGUAAUUGUCUUUUUUUCUAUUUGUUUUUGUGGAAAAUGUAUAUAUUUAUUUAUACGAUAUUUUGAAUGUAGGAAAGAAUAUUGUUUGUGAUUUUUAUCAAUUUAAAUUAAAACUUAUUCCUAACCAACUGAUUUUUUCAUUUACUAAUCAAUAAGGUUCUAAGUUUUUGAGAUUAAUUAUUUUUAAGAAUCAUCUUUUAGUUGAAAAAAUGAGUAAUUACAAAAUGAUCUAUUUUGUAACUGAAAGUUACAGAAUUAAACAAAGUUAUAGAAAUAUGCCAUAUUGGUACCACAGUUUAUUCAAGAACCUGGAAGUGGCUUAAAUCUAUCUGAAAGAAUUUCCUUUGUAUAAAAAUGAAGAGACAUAUUAGCAAUAAAAGAAAAAUAAAGUAUACUAUCGCUUGAAAUAGAAAUUAAAAUGCUUUUACACUGUUUUCUUCAAACCGCAUAGAAACCUCGAAUUUUCUGCAAUAUCUAGUUUAUUUUUAAAUAAUUCCAGCAUCUUACUUCAUCAAAAAAAAAUAUAGACAAGUAAAAAUGAAAUUUCAUCAUAGAUGAUAUGGAAAAGGAAGCAUGGUCUAUAGGAUGAAUCAAAUUGUACAUGUUUGAUAAAAUCAUAGCUCAACUUAUGUUGUCAGUUCUUCCUUUAAACUAAUUGUAAUUAUAUAACAAAUGUAAAUAUCACUGUUAUUGUCUUUUGUGUAGAAAUUGAACCGUAAAGUUCGAUGUAGCCAUAAAGUAGAUAUCCGCUGCCGACAAUAUUUUGGCCUUUCAACAUCAACCCUCAGUGUCACACGCCUUUUAAUUAGAAAGAUACUCUCCCUGCUAACAGAACAUUUUUGUAUAUAUAGUUCAUAUCUUGUAUGUGUAAUACUCAGCCCUACGUAUGUAUAGGUAAUAUAUAUGUCAUGUCAGCUAUGUUACAUAAAGUAAAUGCUCUCUCUCUCAAUUAUAAA